GAUAGAGAGCCCCGACGCAGCAGAUUCUAUAGACAGAUAAGAACAGGCGCUAGAGCCAGACUCCGCUGGCCCCACGAAAAACAACACCAGCUUAUGCACUGGUGGUGGCAAAGUAUGCCUCUGGUGCGCGGAAGAACAAACCACCAAUAUACAGAUUAUACAAGACCUGAAUUUGAGAUGCAAUUUAACGAUGGCUUAAGGAGAUCGAACAGACAAAUUCCUCGAAAACUGAACCAAAGAGUCAAAUCCCGCUCUUAUAUUGGUAGUCUAAUAUCGACAGCCAAGGCGUCAAUUCGAAGUUAUUUCUGGCCGGUCUAUUUGCAGAUGGCUCUGGACCAUUCUGCCCGGAGGAUGUCUUCCAGGAGAAGUUCUCUAAAUACAUUCCAAGGCAUGCCCACAUUGAAAGAAGCCAUCUCCUUUCAUAUCGACAUUCAUAUCGAUGCUGUCGCCAGCCCACAACCAUUUCGGAACAAUAAAGGCGGUACUAUAUCAAUUAUUAAUCCGAAAAUGCUUGAGCAGCGAAGACAUACUACCAUCGAUGAUAACCUGGAUCAAGUGCUGUUUAUAGGCUCCAACCCAAGGCGUCGGGAUGCCUCAGAGGCCGAGACCAUUAUUUCUAUGCAGGAGGGGUUCAAUGACGGGGACUAUCUCAAUGACGAUGCCUAUAAGAAGCUUAUACGGAACUGGUAUGAUAAUGGUUCAGAAGCUAUUCCCAUGAUUAAUGAAAGACCUGCAAGACGUGUUCUUAAUGAGACCAUUCUCCAAGACGCGGCUGGUGAUGUGUACUUCAAUGGACGAUGUCUGCUUAGCACUGAACAAUACUUAGGGACCUAUAUGCCCAAAUGGCCUAAAAAACUCGUAUGGAUCGCAAAUGAGACAGGGGAUAUCCUAUUUGAGAAGGUCAAUUGCAGUAAUUCCGGUACUCGUAUCACCACUUGCACUUUUAUUGAUCCAGUAACUCACACCAAGUUCUUUAAAACUUCAGCUGCAAAACGUAUUUGA